AUGAAUAAUAAAGAAUUAAAACAAAAUAAUCUAUACUAAUAAAAAAAUGAAUGUAAUUAUGUUGGUUUAUUGAAUAUAGGAGCAACAUGUUAUAUGAACAGUGUAUUAUAAACAUUAUUUAUGACCCCAGAAUUCAGAGAAAACAUAUAUAAAUGGAAAUUUGAUUCGAAUGAAGUUCGAGCUGAAGAUUGUAUCCCUUUAUAAUUAUAAAUAUUAUUCGCAAAAAUGUAAUUAAAAACAUUCCCUUAUAUUGAUACAAACGACUUAGCAUAAUCGUUCGGGUGGGACUUUUAGGAAUCAUGGGAAUAACAUGAUAUAUAAGAAUUUAUAAGAAUACUAUUAGAGGCUAUAGAAAAGAGUUUUGUUGGAAGCAAUAAUUAAAAUUUUAUAAAUGAUAUAUAUGAAGGAGCAUCAAUAAAUUAUGUAUAAUGUUAAAAAUGUAAUAAAUAAAGUAUUAGAUAAGAAAAUUUUUUAGAUUUAGUAGUAACAGUAAAAAAUAUGUUCGAUAAAGUAUAUAAUGAUUCAUUAGAAAAAAGCAUUUAAAGUUAUAUAAAACCAGAAUUAUUAUAUAAUGAUAAUUAAUAUUAUUGUGAAAAUUGUUAAUAAAAAGUAAAUGCUUUAAGAGGGACUAAGUUUUGUAAAUUACCAAAAAUUUUAUCAUUUAUUUUAAAUAGAUUCACCUUUGAUUUUGAAUCUAUGAAAAGAAUUAAAUUAGAUGAUUUUGUUAGUUUUCCUUUUAUUUUAAACAUGAAUAAUUAUAUUAAUGGUUAUGAAAAUAUAAAGCAUAAAUUAAAUGAAGAAACUGAUGAAUAAUAUUUUAAAUAGAACUUUACAAUUAUGAAAAAAAAAAAUAUUUAAAAGACUCUUUCUGGUCAUUAAAAAAUAUAAAAUACCAUUUAAUCUGCUUAAAAAAAUAAAAAAUAUUUAAAUACUGGUCCUUCUAAUUAAACUAAAUAAUUUAUGAAAAAUUUACGAAAUAAAAACAAUAAUAACAUUAAUAAUAAUCAAAUUCCUCAAAAUAUAGAAGAUACGGAAGAAGCAAAAACUAAUCCUGCAUACUGUAUAUUAGAUUAAAAAUAAUAAACUCAAAAACAAACUGAAGAUGAUGAAGAUUUAAACGAAAGAAAAAAUAAAUUUAGACAAAAAUCAAGAAAUUCUUCUUCAAAAAAAAAUUAUUCUUCACAUGAAUUAAGCUAAAACCACAAUAAUAAUAUAUAAGAGGAAAAAUCAUUUGAAGACUAUAAAAAAAUACUUUUGGAACAUCUUUAGAAAAAUUAAUAAGAAAGUUAAUAAUUAAUAAAUUAAUAUUUAAAAGAUGGUCCUUUAGUUUAUGAAUUAUAUUCAAUUUUAAUACAUUCAGGAGGUGCUUAUGGGGGUCAUUAUUAUGCUUAUAUAAAGAGUUUUGAAGAUAAUGGUAAAUGGCAUGCUUUUAAUGAUACUUCAAUAAUGGAAAUUGAUGUAAAUGAAAUUCCAGAGAGGGUUUUUGGGGGAAAUAGUACUAAUGCAUAUAUGUUAUUUUACAGAUAAUGGGAGGAUAAUUUUUCAAAGAGAAUAUAGAAAGUAGAUGAGGGUUUAAUAUAAGAUUAUGUAAGGGAAAUGAUUGAAAAAUAGAAAAACAAAUGGGAAGAAGAGUAGAAUUUUAAACUAGAAUAAUAAAAAAUAAUGUCCGUUAAGGUAUAUUAUAUACUAAAUGUAAAAGUAAUUUAAAUAAAAUCGACUGAUUCAUAUAAUAAACUACUAGAUUAAGCUAUAUAGCUAUUUAAAAUUAAAGAAAAGAAAGAAAAUUUAAGAUUAAGAAGAUAUAAACCUAAUACAGAUUAAAUGUUGGAAUCUUUUACAGAAAGUGAAAAUUUAAACUUAGAAAAAUUAAAAAUUAAUAACUUCUGUAAUUUAUGUAUUGAAAGUAAAAAGGAUGAUGAAGUUUUUGAAGAUUAUGAUGCAAAUACCACUUAUAUUAAAAUAGUAAUUUGGAAACCAAAUAUAGUAUCUUUAGAUGAUAAUAUGAUUGAAUAUAUUAAGUUAAAUAUAAGAAAAAAUAUAACUGUUUAUAGAUUAAUGGAAUAAAUUGCAAGGGUUAGUUAAAUUCAAUUCGAGAAAGUUUGUAUUAUUAAAAGAAUAGAUAAUAUACACGGAAUAAGUAGUUGCGAGAUUAUUUCUAUUUCUUAAAAUUAUGAUUAUAGAAUUGAAGAUAUUGAUAUUUUAGAAGGUAGUAUUUUAUAUGUUGAAAAAAAUGAAAAUAUAAUGAAUAAUAAAUAAAAUACUAAAUGGUAAAAAGUUUUUGAGAUAGAUUAGAAUAAAAUAUCUAUUAAAUUUAAUACUCCAGAAAAAAAUACAUCUAAUUCAAAUAUAGAAUAUAACAAUUAUAUUAUAAUUGAUAGUAGAUUAACUAUGUUAGAUCUUAAAAACUAAAUAAUUUAAUAAAUUAAAGUAGACUCUAUGGAUGAUAUUAUAAUGAGAAGGGGAGGAAAAGCUGGUAUUGAAUUAAAAGAUACAAAAAAAACUAUAAAUUCAAUGAACUUUUCAAAUAAUUCGAGUAUUUAUUUAGAAUUCGGAAAACCUGCAAAAGAAGGAGAAAUUAGAGUAUUAUUUUAUUUAGCAUAUAGAGCUCCUGCUAUAACAGAUAAUAUUUGGUAUUCCUUUUAAGAAAUAGGAGAAAUACCAAUAAAUGGAAAUCUAAAAGCUUCAGAAGUAAUUAUUUAAGUUUGCUAAUAUAUUAAUUUAAAUUAAAAUUUAAAUAUUGAACCUUAAUUUAUAAGAUUAAGAGAAAAAGUUUCUGAUAAUUUAACUAGAAUAUAUAGAGAAAAAACAAUGAGGGAAUAAUAAUUAAUUGAAAAAAGAGCAAUUGCUUUAGAAUAUAUAGAAAAUUAAAUUUAAUAUAAUUUAAAAGAUUAUUUAAUUUAUGUUAGAAUAUGGAAUUAAUAAAAUUGGUAAUUAUCAGAUAUUAUAGAAUUAAUGGUUUCUAAAACAAAUACUGGAUAUGAGUUAGCUUAAAAAAUUUUAGAAAAAGAUAAUUCUAUUAAAAUAGAAAACAUGUCUGCUAUUAAAAUUAAUGUUAUUUGGAAUUUUAAUAAAGCAUAAUUAUUAAAUGAUGAUGUAUAUAUAUUUUUAAAAAAUUAAAUAAAAUAUAUUAAUUUUAACAAUAUUAAAGUGGUAUGA